GGGGCGCGGGCGCCGGCCACGCGGACAUGAGGUGGAGGCUGCGCCUACGUGGGGACGCGUUGCUCACGCUGAUCCUGGGCGCCGCCCUCAGCCUCCUGCUCUAUGCGCAGCGCGAUGGCAGAGCUCCCACCACCAGAGCGCCGCGAGCGCAAGGGAGGGCAGCGCGGGGGCCCACCCCCCGGCUCCGUGUAUUCCAGGCGCCGGACGCGGGCGCAGCCCUGCAGGUCUAUGAAGAGGACACGCCGGAGCCGCCCACGCCCACGGGACCCUUUGACUUUCGCGGAUACCUGCGUGCCAAGGACCAGCGACGCUUCCCCCUGCUCAUUAACCAGCCGCACAAGUGCCGAGGCGAUGGCGCACCCGGCGCAGGACCCGACCUACUCAUCGCCGUCAAGUCAGUGGCGGCCGACUUUGAGCGGCGCCAAGCUGUGCGCCAGACGUGGGGGGCGGAGGGUCGCGUGCAAGGGGCGCUCGUGCGCCGCGUGUUUUUGCUGGGCGUGCCCAAGGGCGCAGGCUCAGACCCAACUGAGGCGGAGGGGACAGGCUCGCAAGCGCGCUGGCGCGCCCUACUGCGUGCUGAGAGCCGCACCUACACAGACAUCCUGCUUUGGGCCUUCGACGACACCUUCUUCAACCUAACGCUCAAGGAGAUCCACUUUCUGGCCUGGGCCUCAGCCUACUGCCCCAACGUACGCUUCGUUUUUAAGGGCGACGCAGACGUUUUCAUGCACGUGGGAAACCUGCUGGAGUUCCUGGCGGCGCGGGACCCGGCGCAGGACCUGCUUGUGGGUGACGUGAUCGUACAGGCACGGCCAAUCCGGGCGCGAGCCAGCAAGUACUACAUUCCCGAGGCUGUGUAUGGCCUGCCGGCCUACCCGGCCUACGCUGGCGGAGGCGGCUUCGUGCUUUCGGGGGCCACGCUCCGCCGCCUAGCCGGUGCCUGCGCCCAGGUGGAGCUCUUCCCUAUAGACGAUGUCUUUCUGGGGAUGUGUCUGCAGCGCCUUCGGCUCACACCUGAGCCUCAUCCUGCUUUCCGCACCUUUGGCAUACCCCAACCUUCAGCUGCGCCGCACCUGCGCACCUUUGACCCCUGCUUUUACCGUGAGCUAGUUGUAGUGCAUGGACUAUCAGCCGCUGACAUCUGGCUAAUGUGGCACCUACUUCAUGGUCCGCCUGGGUCAGCCUGUGCACAUCCACAGCCUGUAGCUGCUGGCCCCUUCCAGUGGGGGCCGUAGUAACAUGUCACAGCCCAAAGCUCCCCUCAUUCAGAUCCAGGAUGUAGAAGAGACGAGUUUCCCAGGUGGAUUAUUGCAGGGUAUGUGGUUCUUCCCCAAAAAGGGCAUAAGAGUUCAGGAACCAGCUGGUGUCACAUGUCUGCUUCCUCAGGGUUCCAGGGAAUGAAGAUUGAGUUUGGUUCCUGUCCCCCUACUUGGGAGCUGAUCUGGAACCAUCUAAUGACAAACCUUUGAGGGGGAGGGGGGAUGGGGUGUGUGGGAGUGUGGGUGUGUGUCGGGAGAAGUGGCAGGGACUCAUGGACUCUGACCACACAACUUGGUUUGAAACCCUGAGGAUGCACACAUACAGGCCUUUCUCAUAGCUACAUCCCACAAGGAGGUGGGGAUCUGGCUUCAGCCUUCAUGGAACUGGCAGACAUUCCAUUAAAACUCAAUCCGAAAGUAGGCGUUUUGUUUCCCACCUGUCCCUCCAAAUUGUAUUUUCAGCCUUGUCAAUCUUUAGAUCUCCUUUUGAGGAGACACCCCCUUCCUGGGCCCUGGUUUGGUUGCAACAGCAGGGAUCGAGACACACAGGGACAACUCAGUCUUUCCCCACCUCCAACUAACCUAUACCCACACAACUAGGGCAAUCUCCUGGAGGCAGUAUUGCCCCUUCAGAGGAGCCAAGGAACCUCUUCUAAGAUGACUCCACUAUACAUUUCCCACAUUCUAAAAAAAGAAGUCAAUGACCCCGCACUUAUUUUAGUACAAACAUCCCAGCAACAGCACGUGGUGAGCCAUUGCUGAGGGCAUAGGUCUUUAUUGGAGGUGUGGGCAGGACAUGAGGAAGGUUCCCCCAUUCCAGGAGGAUGAGAUCAGUCCUGGCUGACCCAACAGUGGGGAUGUGUGGAGUGGGGGUUGGGGUGGUGUCUCUGGCCAGGCCACAGUCCAAAUGGGAAGACACCAGUCAGUCACAAAGUCACAAGAGCGCCACACAAGCCUGGAUGUAGGCCCAGGAAUCAUAUAGGAACCUGGGGCAGGUCCCCUGCACAUUCAUCGUUAAACUAUACAGGAUGAGGCUGUACAUGAGUUAAUUACAAAAGUCAUAUUUACAAAAAUCUGUACACACAUUUGAAAAACUCACAAAAUUGUCAUCUAUGUAUCACAAGUUGCUAGACCAAAAUAUUAAAAAUGGGAUAAAAUUAUACAUUUCUCUUCUCAAUUCUUUUCAAAAGGUUAAUAUUUUUAAAGCACAUAUGCUACUUUCCUUAGCAAGACCCAUGAAGAGGCUGAACAGCUCAGCCCUCCUUGAGUCCCCAAAGCCUGAGCCAUGAAUGGGCCCAGCCAGGGGACACUGCCCAGGAUUGGGGCAGGGGAGCCAGCCCACAGUGCAGAACAGAAUGCUGAAACACAACAAAGGAGGAAGAUGUCUUUGGCUAAAACUUUGGCAUU